AUGUCUCGUUCGUCACGCGUAGAAUCUUUGGAAGAGACAAGCUUCUCGAGCUCAAUCGAGAGGUCUGUGGAUGCAGCAGAUGCGACAUUACACCAUCUGGCCUCAGCUAAGGAAACGUUUGGUGACUUGGAGGCUGCUUAUAGGACCUUCAAGCACGAGCUGGAAAUAGUGAAAACUGAGCAUGCUUCACAGGUGAGAAGUUUAAGUAUGUAAUUAAUUUGAUUGCUUUGUUCAGUGAUAUAAAAUUUAAAAUACCACAGAACAGAAUUGCGCAGGAAAAUAUGUUAUGUUUUCAGCGGAGAUGGAUUUUGACUGCUAUUUUGUUCUAAAGAUGUCCUGGAAGACAUUUAUAAUCCAAACUUCGGGUUUAAUUUCAAGAAGUUGUCAUUAAGCGGCUUUGAUACUCAAGAAAGAAAAAUUUUCCAACCUAGUGCUAAGUACUAUGCUACAAUAUAGUUUUAAGUUCGAUAGAUGGUCUCAAUGGCUAAACUGAGACCGUCUGCCCAGAGGACUUGAAAUUCUUUCUAUAUAAAUACCGCCAAAGGAUGCCGAAAAACCAACACUAAAAAGUCGAGAGGUCACUUAUCACCGACUUAAGUUUGAGAAGAAGCUCCUAGAAUUUUCCCUGCAUCCUAGCUCAGUUGGUUAUGCCCAACUAGAAUCUGGGGGCAUGGGUCUGAAUCCCAUCGAAGUUUGAAUUUUUUUUUUAUCCAGGUUUCUUUUCUGCAAAAGCUAAAAUUCCAGCUCACCUUUUAGGAUUAUGGCUUUAUUUUUUAAAUAAAUUAUUUUAUCUCGUCCCGACAAUGUCAAAUCGUGAAAAAAAUGGUAAAACAAAGGCUUCGAUUUACGUAUGGCAAAAUUUACGCUUUCCUUAAAGAAUUGACCGCCGGCCUCCCCUGCUAUCAGUCUGAUAUACUCAUGUCUUGGUCUUUCUAUAUCACGAAAAGCAUGCGGUUUUGAGUUAUUUCUUGACUAACUGAUAAUUAUAAGAUAUCAAAGAAUGCUUAUUAGUCUGUCGCAUAAGUCGUGCUUGUCUCCACGGCAAAAGUUAAUAAGAAUUCUUCAAAAAAUAAAAUUUGUACCUUUAAGUUUUAUUUUUUCCGUGUUUUUCAGUAGGACGUACCCAAUUUCAGUUCGAGCGCGUAUAAUCUUUGUAAUGGCUGUUUUGUUUCCCGUAUUCAGUCGCCAAUAACAAAGUUUAAAAUUUUUUGAUAUGGUUGUUUUCACGUUUCGUGCUGGUAUAUCUUAGUCUUGCCUUCAACCGUCAGCAAGCUAAAGUACCCCUAGGUUUCUUUGUACAUUUUAUCUCAAAGGAAAUUUCUUAAAAUCACAAGUAAAGGCAAAACUUUUGAAUAAUUAUGCAAUACCGUCUAACUUGUAUUUAUGUUCUAAGAACCUUGUCCCCAGAGAGCAAGAAUCCACUCGAUUAAGGAAUUGAGCCUGUCCAUGGACAUCAAGCGAAUAUGAAUUUGCAUAGUAUUUAGUUUGUACACAAAGACGAGACGAUCUAAAAUGAGCAGUGCAGGAAUUAACUCAAGUCAAGUUCGAAAGCCUUAAAGUCAACUACCUUCACCUUCUUUUGUUUUCGAAAGAGUUAAAAUCGGUUUAACUUUACUUUAGCCACGUUCUAUUGUUAAUUCAAAAUUGGUGUGUUUAUUGUCGAAGAUUACUUACUCCAGACUUAAGUUAUACCAAAACAGACAAGAGAUUUUAAAUUGUGCGGAGAGACUAUAUCGCAAUUCAUUGACAGCUCGUGUGUAAGUGUAGGAAAUUGCAUGAACGCUACUACAUUUCGUAAUUUAAAGGCCAGAGUGAAUCUUAGAAAGCUUCUGUGGUUACAUGAUCCUUGGACGAAAGCAAUUUGAAAACCUUUGAAAACAUUACGUUUUACCAUAUAUCACGAACUGCAUGAGCAAUUCAUGCGAUUUGAAUUCAUUACAUUCUCCAAAGAAUAUCUACUUACCAAAGCAUCUUUACACGAUUUAGGUGCACGCUCCCCGAGAUACCUUCAACGGCCUUGAAAAUGUUUGUAAAAUAUGUUUUCUUUGGAUAACUCAUUUCCUGUAAGGUUUGUGCGUAACAAACCAAAACAAGAUGUCUCUCGAAUUUUCUUAAAAAUUAACAUUUUUCACUCAUCUCAACAAGUAUAAAUUACGAGAGUCCAAUACGGAAAUUCGAUAUUGCACUCUAUGAACUCUAUAAAAAUUCCUCAAUGACCAAUCAGGAACGACAUAAUUUGUUAAGAAUUUGUUAAUUAAGAAUGUAUCUCUGGACAGCAACUUUAUCAUCUCUAUAUUGAGCGACAACCAUUCUUACCGCCAACCCCCAGCGCAUGGCAACAGUGAAAAUAACUCAAGGACUUUGUUUAUCCGUCAUCGUCAUUUAGAGGACACCGGGAACACACUGGGAGGUUUUGAAUUCCACAAAUUAACAAGAAUAUUUAAAAACAUUGCAUCACCGCAUUUUGACGCACGAAACACCGACAAUGCAAUACUUCCAUACUCGUGCCCGAUUAACACACAGACACUGAAUACUCUCUUUACAAAGCCAUCCAUGUAUUACAUACUUGCACACCAUGUGGAAAAAGUCGAUUUACCGUUGUGUUGGUCAGUCUACGCUUACGCAGUGAUAUAUCGUUUUCAGUUCUUUUACCAAGUUCGCAACCCUUGUUUCCCAACUCCUCCUAAGCAUAUGAUGGACAUUUAGCCUCAAAGUAAUUUGAAUUAAAGUUUAGACAAGCACGACAAGGGUCAAUGAUUAUUGAAAGAGGGUCUCACUGAAUAAAAAAACCACAACGAAUAAAAUUAUUUUAUUACGUCGUAGACAGUAGCCUUAACAACACAAACAACGCACACCGCUGAAUUAAAGAUAAACGCAAGACCACUAUGCGGAAUUAUAUCAGCCGAAAUGCUGCGCAAAAAAUGAGGAGCACCACAUCACUGCAAGUUGUAGAGUGUCCCUCAAUCUUACCAAGCAGAUUGAGCAAAGGCGUCGAAAACUCAAACCAUUGAUAGAGUAAACAAACAAUUUAUUCUACGAAUUUGAAAAGUUUUAAAACUUCCUGUGGUUACAUUAACAAGGCUAGAUUAGGUUAGGUUUUGUUAAACAAAAUCGAUUCAUAAACAAUUCACUAAACCACUGCUUCCAAUUUUCAGGAUUUUCUGUCUAGAAUGCGACGCACGUGCCGACUGUGAUGCUUCACUAACGUCGAAACAUCCAUAUCUAAUAUCUUAAUACUCAAUAUCCUAGGGUCCUCUAAGACAAUGUCAAAAAUUCAAUUCAAAAUAGCGAUCAAAAGGCUUUUAAACUUUACUCUAAAGAGAAGAUGAGUUGGCGGGAAAGUUAAUAGGCCUGCAAUGCGUAUAAAAAUAGGCAUACAAUGCGUAUCUUCAUUUAAUUAAUUUUUUUUUAAUUUUACAACAUGAUACUUACAUUAACUACAUUAAGGUUCCAUUUAGGGGCCUUUCUACGUACAUUGUGUUACACUACGUACAUUGCGUUACACUACGUACAUUGCGUUACACUACUUACUUACAGUAUUCUUAAGAUACAAUUAAUAUUUAUGCUACUUACAUUGUUCUUCUUACACUACGUACAAUGUGAUAAUGCACACAUAUUAAGAGGCACAUUAUUUACACACAAAAAAAGAACCUUAUUCACAAAAAAUUAACAGUUACGAAAGACAAAAAGGCUAAAUUGUGGGUGAGAUAGAUAAGAGUAAGAGCUUGAAAAAAAAAACAAAAGUACGGCGUUUAGCAAAAAAUUGAUUUUCAGAGGCUUAAGAUCAGUGUAUGGAGAGUAAAAUAUAGCCUGUGAGCAGGGUCACAUUUGGAGCCCGCCCGCGAACUAUAUAGCAAUUAUUGUGCAUGAAGUAUUUUGUCCCACUUCUGUUGAAAUUUCUUCUGUAAAUCAGUCACGAUAGAUAUUUGUUUUUCAAUUUCUAAAUUAUAUUUCAGCUGUUGCGCAUAUUCUCUGAUAGAUGGAGAUAUGUUCUUAAAUUUACAGCAAUAAAUAUAAUACCUUGUGAGGAGCAAACAAUGGCUUACUAAAAUAUCAUCUUUUCUUUCCUCUAAAACCUAAACAUUCAUAGAUAUCCAAAACGUGCGGGGCUGUUAUCAAAUGAAAUGAAACGAAAAAACAAUGAACCCUUCCCCAAAAGGUUUUCCUUACCGAACAUUCCCAGAAAAGAUAGAUUAAUGUUUCCUUGUCUGUUUUGCACAAAUAAUUUAAUCAAUUUUGUUUAAAUGGAUAUGUUUCAUACAGAGUUAGACACUCAUACAAAGUGAAUGGAUUUUAUGAUCGGGAUCCACUUAGUAGGGGUUGCCCACUCACGAUUCGGUCAAUGAAUUUUAAGCAAAUGCAUUUUCUGUAAGUCUUUGUUUAAAUCACAUCUCUUAUUAUUUUCAUUUUAUAGUGAUCUAUCUUGCAUGGGUCUUGACUCGUUCACAUUUCUAGCUCUAAAUUUAGUAUUGUAAUCAGUAUCUAACUGAUCCAGUAGUCAAUUUGGAAAAAUUGAAAAUAGAAAAAGAGUGAUUCAGUGCAAAAAAAAAUCACAUGCAAUCCGUAAAUAAAUCACAUUGUCGAGAGCCAAUCGGAUUGCAAGGAGAAUCAGUGUUAUCAAAAAUGGAUAUGGUGCAAACCAUUUAUUUUCCUUAGGAGACAGCUGGCUUUGUAGGCUAACUCAAAAACUUCUAGAAAUACUUUCGAAGCCAAAAACGACUUAUUCUAUGCUCUCCAUUAGAUCAACCAACUUCAAACCCGUCUUGAAAACCUUCAGAGGGCAAAGGGUGCCUCAGAUGAACAACUUAAUCAGACACGAGCAGAAUGCAAAAAAUAUCAAGAAGAACUGGUAACGAUUAAGCACACUCUUGCGGAGAGAGACUGGGAGAAGGAGAAUCUCGCGCACGAGGUGACCUCGUGUAAGAACACCGCUAAUGUCUUACAAAAGGAAAAGGAGGAGUUGGAGAAAGAGUUUGCGAGUCUGCAGCAAGAGAUGGCGUCCAUGUCAACGGCAGUUAUUCAAAGAGCUACACUGGAGGAUAAUGAGCAACUCCUUGCUGCGAAACAAGAAGCUGCCCACUGGGAGGAGAGUUACAACUGUUUACUGCAAGAGAAGGAAAACUUUCAGAAUGAUUUAGUGGAGAUACAAGACAAACUCGCCAAUAUUCAGGCAGAAUACGAGAGGUCACAGAGGGAACUGAUGAGUUGCAGUAAAAAUUACAAAAUUAAGGCGAGUAAAAUGUAUUUUGUCUUGCGUUCUGCCACGACGCGUUAAUUCCAAUUGCAACAUUAAUCGUAGAGAAAAACGAAUGUCCUGUCUUAGCAGAGUAGGAACUACGAGGAACCUCAGAUGUAAUUUCGGAUGUCAAUUUGAGGAUAUUUUAUGAAAUUGUUUUUAAGAAAAUGAUCAAAAUAUAUGCUUACGGAAUAUUUCAGUGGAAUCACUUGAAUAAUUUUCCAAAAAAUUAGCAAAGUGCACUAUGAAACUCCUCAAAUAGUACGGUUCAUUUUUGCAGUUCCAGUCCAAUGAUUCUGGGCAAACUGUAUGCUUUCGCAGUGACGUAACCUUUUAUUCCUAACUCAGGUAUCAAAACUGGAGAUGCAGUUACAAAGCGCAACCAAACAGAGAGAAAAUUUCAAGGCACAGCUAAGUGAUUCGCGCGAUGAACUACGCCAAAACAAAGAUACACACUCUCUACUGCAGAAGAAACUCCUCGAGAUACAACAACAAGCUGACAACGCUAAGGAACAAUUUUUAGCUAAACAACGCCAAGUAGAAAAACUUGAAGUCGCCAACAAAGAUCUCGUGUCUAGGAUGGAAGAUUUAAAGGAGGAGAUGAAGAAACAGAGAAUGUCUUUGGAAUUGCAUGCCACGCAAAAAAAAGGUGUUGAAACAGAGUUGAACUUGUCGCAGUCAAAAGUUACCGAGUUGGAUACUGGUUUACAAUCAGUAAAAACUGAAAAAGAUGAUCUCCAGAGACAGCUAUUUGCUGUGUCAAGUAAGCUUACAACUACGGAAGAGACUAAUAGGAAGAUUCUUGAGAGAAUGAAAGAACUUGAAAUGGAGAAUUCGAAACUGCGCGAUACUGUUUCGGAACUAGAAUCAGAAAUAUUUGCUCAAGGAAGAAAAGUAUCACAGUUGGGACCUAGUUAUGCUCAGGCCCAAGAUGAUAACGAAAGGCUUAGUAUUAAACUUGAAGAAUCUUCAAUUAAAAUUAGCCAGCUGGAGUCCAGCUACGAAGCAGUAGUUAGCGAGAAAGAUGGACUACGGGAAGAGCUCACUUUAUCUGAACGACGAAUUACUGAGACAAGGUCUCUAUUACAGAAAACUGAAGAUGUUUGCAACGAGUUAGAAGAGAAGAUGGCAGCAAUGAAAAGUCAGAUGUUUAAGUGUGAAGGGCAAAGAGAAAGUCAGUCUAAACAGAAGGCAAACCUAAAAGCCGAGCUGGAGGAAGAGAGGUCCAAGGUCACAAAAUUAAAAGCAGAGCUUGCAAGAAUAAAAAGUCGUUAUGAUGAGUUUCAGAGAAACGCAGAUCUAAAGCUAAAGGAGUCCGGCAACAAAGAUAAAACUAUCGAGAAUUUGAGAGCCUCCGUGAUGGCGCACGAGCUGAAGACAGAAUCUCUACUCAGUGAGGUUACCAAACUCCAAGCACAGAUUGAGAUUACGGAGGAAGAGAAAAGAGAACUGCGAGAGGAGACUUUAGACGCGCAGAAAAGAGUCCGAGAUGCGGCUGCCGAAAACCGACAGACGUCCGAAGAGAACGAAAAAUUAAACCUUGAGGUUCAGUGGUUUUACAAAAGAUUAUCCGAGCUACAAGCCUCUUUCAACACAUGUGAGCAUGAAAAGUUCGAUUUCCAACACCAAACCAUGGCUUUACAGCAGAAGGUUAGUAGGCUGGAGGCUGAGAUCGACGAAUCUGUCAAGCAGCGCUCUGCGAGCGAAAUACGAAUCCAGGAAUGCACUGCCACACAUAAUGCUGUUACUCAAGAGAUAAAUUUACUUAAGAGUCAGCUGCUCGAGCAGCAGUCUGUCAACAGUGACCUCCGCAAGGAUAUAGCAGAAAAAGACGCACUGUCCAAACAGCUUCAAGAGGAAUUAAAUGUGCUUAACGUCGACUCCGACGCUUGCCAUAAAGAGCUGAAAAAUGUGAAGAACAUGCGGGAAAUGAGUGAAAAGGAGAAGAAAAUGUUACACGAUGACCUUUUGAGUAAACAGGAGGAGUACUCAAGAGCACAGGCCCUUUAUGAAGCAACGUUAAAACGUAAAGAGCAGUUAGAGGCAGAACUCAAUACAGCACAGAACCAGAUUGCGAACAUGGAAUUGUCUUUGAAGAGGUCUGCAGCCGCUGACAAGGCUAGAGAACUGGAUCACGAGCGAUCGAGGGCAAGUGAGCUUGCCAAACAAUUAGCAACAUAUAAAAGCAAAGUCAGCUCACUGGAGUCUCUGUCUGAGCUUACGAAGAACGACAUUCAAGGCGUCCUCGACGAAUUAGAAGAAGCAGAAAACAAGAUGUCUGUUUUGAAGCAAGAGCUGGAAGAGACGGUGGCAAAUAAAGAAGAACGAGAGCAAAAACUAAGCCUUUUGGAGAAACGGAACUCUGAGCUUGAACAAGAAGUUUUGAUGUGUCGACAAAUUAAAGAGAGAUCAGAAGAAGAACUUCAUCUUAUGAGAACGAGGAUCGCAAAAUAUGAAUCACAAAUCGAGACCAUUCAAGAUCAGAGAGCACAGCUCAAGGAACAACUUGAUGCAAACAGCGCUAAGCUUGUUUGUGAUAAAGAUCAAAUUAUGCGACUGGAGAGCCAGGUUAUCGAGGAAAAGAAGAUUAAAGAAACCGUUAACAAAGAGAUUGUCAGGAAAGAGCAGCUCGCGGACGAACUUCAAGUGAAAAUCAGAUCUACAGAAGCAGAAUUAGAGAAGGCAAAAAAUCGAACUUAUUACCAUAAAAGUGACAAAUGA